AUGCUGCUGGAGGUCGGCGCGGCAGGCGCGCGCCAGGCACCCUGGGUGGCGGCUGCAGCGGUGCCGUCCGCGUCCAUGGCCGGCCGGCGAGCAUCAGGGGCGGAUGCGGCCGGCCCAAGGGGAGGCGGCCCUGGCGGCAGUGACGCGCCCCCGGCGGGGGAGCCCGCGGCAGGGGCGGCAGCCGCGGCAGGGGCGGUGGGGGAGGAUCCCGCGGGGCUAGGCUGGGUGGCGGCGGCCAGGCCCGCGGCCCCGGCGUGCAGUGCGGCCUCCAGGGCGCGCCACGGGCCGGCGGCUGCUCGGGCGCGCCAGGGGCCAGCAGAUCCGGCGGCGUCCACGGCCCAGGCGGCGCUCGCGGCGGCGGCGCCCGCGAAUCCAGAGGCAGCGGCACCAGGGGCCGGCCCGGCGGCGCUAGAGGCGCGCCAGGGCAGGGCAGGGUCGGCCGCCAGGGCAGGCGCGCGCCAGGCGCCUUGGGCGGCGACAGCAGCGGCGCCGUCCGCAUCCUGCUCCCGCAGCGGCAGGAGCGGCCCCGCCUGCGCCCUGCAGGGGAUGCAGGGGAUCCGUGGCGAUGGGGAUAACAGAUCUGAGGAGUUUCUUUCAAGUCUAUACGAGGAGUCCUUAUGGUUGCUCGCUGCUAAGUCAUUGGUUUUCAUGGCGGAGCUCCUGAGUUCCUUGAAGGAGAAGACUGUCUAUAUACAGGUUGAUGACAUGGAAGCACAGGUUUCCAAGUCAAUUCUCCACUUCAUCUACAAUGAUGGCUUUCCUGAGAUAGAGAAGAGUGAUGAUGCAUUUGUGAUGGCUCAGCAUCUGCUUGUAGUGGCAGACAGACACAAAUUGGAGAGGCUGAAGCUUAUAUGUGUGGACAAACUCAUUGACACACGCAAGGUUGCAAUUGUGUCAUUGCGACUGAUUGGCUUUCCAGGCUUAAAGAGGCAUGCUCACAGUUUCUGA